AAAAAAAAAUUAAAAAGACUUCUUCGAUAGUUUCAACGCGUUGCAAAAAAUAUCUCCAUCUCGAUUCGAGUCAGAGAGAAAGAGAGAGCGAUCGAGACGAAAAGGAAGAAGAUAAGCUGAAGCUAAAAGGAUGGGUCAAGGAGAAGAAGACAAAAGCAAAGGCUUCGCUGAUGAAGCAGGUACCCAGCAUCAUCAUCAUCAAUACGGUACGUUUCAAGGUGUUUCCAAUUAUCCUCCUCCGCGCCCGCAGAACUCUCCUCCGGUCACUGGAUUUCCUCAACCCUCGGCUCCCCCUGGAGUUUACGAUCCACCCGCUCCUCACUACGCCCACGGUUAUCAAACCGUUCCAGUAUAUGGUAUUGCUGAAGGAAGACCUGUGCAUGUGCGACAACGCCGCCUUCCUUGCUGUGGAAUUGGUCUUGGAUGGUUCCUGUUCAUAGUUGGGUUUUUCCUUGGAGCAAUCCCUUGGUACGUCGGGAUGUUCAUCAUGAUAGUUGGAAGGAGGAUUGACCACAGGGAGAAGCCAGGAUACAUUGCUUGCACCAUCGCUGCUAUUCUUGCAACGAUUGCUGUGGUUCUUGGUGUAACUAAAGGAGCAGAAGACUGGUGAUCAUUUCAAUCUGUUGUGGUCAAGUCAGAACGUUUGUAUAGGUGUCGACAAACAUUUCGUUUUGUAUUAUUAUAUGUUCGUGGUGCUUGGAAAAAAAAAGGAUGUAAACUUAACAAAAGAUUCGAGUUAUUUUAUCUGCAAGAAAAAUAAGAUUAAAGAUGGUUUGUUUA